AUGGCGGCUAUAAGACCAAGUUCGGUCUACUCUAGUAGCUCCAGCUCAGUCUACUCCGAGACUCCAUCACUUACACCUCCUCCGAUUAGCAACAUCACAAACGAGCCUCUGAUGAUCCAGAACACAAACGCGGCAACGAUCAAGAUCCGUCGUGCCUGUCUCCAUCGUGCACCGAAUUCGAACGUCAAGAACUUGGCGAUGAUUCCAAUCGAACUGAUGAAGAGUGUGCGUGCAUCACGGAAUCGAGCUCUCUCGUUCCCACACUAUCGCAACCCAGUGGGGCCUGUCAGCAAUCUAAGCGGUCAGCCGUUCUCGCUGUACUCGACCGACUUUGCAACUAUCAAGACCCGUCGUGCUGGUAGGAAAGACGCUAGAAUUCCUGUAGCUGCCGUUGCAGCUGUCGAGACGCUGACGAUGAUACCAGUUGAAUUGAAAGCGUCGAUCAAGUCGUCUGCUAACCAAGUCUCGUUUCUUGGUGGCUUCCUCGCCGCCUUCAAGAGGGUAGUAGUCUAA